AUGGAAAUAGGAAAUAAGGUUUACCUAAAUAACAUUGACCAGAUAGAUGAAAAAUCGCAUAUCAAGGUUCGGGUGCUUAAAAUUUGGAACUUUGUCAGAAAUAAUAAAGUUUGUUCGAUUGAAAUGAUCAUCAUGGACGAGGAGGUUUGUUGUGCACAAUACCAAGCUCGUGUCUUCAAUCAGAAUUUCUCCAGAUUUCGUCAUCUUUUAAAGGAAGAUGAAAGUUAUAUAGUUAUAAAACCCAAUAUGGCUGCUGUUACUAAUGGUUUUAGUUAUACAGAUGUUAUUGGACAUAUCGUGUCAUUUAGGCCUCUUGAAACUUCAAAUCCAGUACCAUCCAAGCAUUAUAUAAAACUCACUCUUAGCAACCUAGAUCAAGCAUAUCAAAUUUCAGAAUACCUAAAAAAUAACCCGACGGUUAAUUUUGUUGUUAUCGUGAUGCAGUUUUUGAAGCUAAACAUUUGGAAUGGUCUUGGUGAAGCUAAAAGUCAUUUUGAAGUAACGAAAUUGUUCAUAAAUUCUGACAUUUAUGAAAUAAAUGAGUUUAAAAAUAAGUUGAAAUGUCAUGACAAUUUCGGUAUAACUGAAAAAAGCAUAACUACACUUCAAAGCUACUCUUCUUCAUAUACAGAUGACUUUAAGGGCAAUUUUCAAUUAAAAACAGUCUGUGAGAUCACCGAACCAAUUAAGGAAAUGAAGUUUUUAUUAGUUGCUUCCAUUGUUAAUAUAAGGCAGAAUCUACCAUGGUAUUAUGAAGCAUGCAAAAAAUGUGGAAAAAAAAUAAUCCCUGUUCCCAAAGCCAAUCAUUCGUAUACCAACCCUGAGGGAAUUUCAAAAACUAUGGUUGUCGAGUGUACAAAUGCACAAUGCAAAAAAUCUGAAUUUCAGUAUAUAAUUCCAAUCAACGUACAAGAUUGUACUGGAACCAUUGGAUUGACUCUUUUUGAUAGGGAAGCAAGGAGGUUGUUAAAUAUAAGUGCCUACGAGUUGAAAAAGAUACAUGAUGCGGCCAGAGACAGUGAUGCCCUAUUUCCAAUGCAACUUAACGUGUUGAAAAACCGCAAAUUUGGUUUUGUUGUAGAUAUUACAGAAUACAAUGUCAACAACUAUAAUAACAUCUACACAGUUCUCAGAGUUACAGAAGAUAUGUCCAUUGUUUUUGAAUUGGAAAGUAAAAUAGAACUUAUGAGUAUUCAAUCUGUCUCCUUAAAUCAAGUUGCUUUGGAAUCCGAUGAUGUUGUACAGCCUAUUCAAAAGGAUGUGAUCUCACAAACAGACGAAAGUUUUACACCCUCAACAGUUGAUAAGUCAACCGCAACAAGUCCAAGCAAAAUAUCAGGUGAUUUGAAGCACAACCUCCAAGAAAUUUAUGAUGUUGAUUUUGGAGAUGAUUUAAGUUCAACUAAGGCUAAAAGAAAGUCAACCGCAGAGGAAACUCCACUCUUGAUUCCAAAAAUGGAAAAGUGA